UCUUCCCAUCGUUUCGGUAGUGUUUUUCUCGUGUCCUGAGGAGCCAGCCCAGUGCCAGGUGCUCGUCGCGAGCAGAGAAAGAAAAGUCAUCGCUGCAAAUUUUCCGAUUUUUUUCAGUGCGUGCGUUGCAUAUCGAAAACAAUCAUUGUUAGUUUGGUUCUUAUCCAGAAGACGGACUGUAAAAAUCAAUUUCACCAUACCGUUAGUUAGCGGGAUCGAGGUGUGCAUUUUUUGUGAGCCAGCAGCAGCAGAUUGAAGCAAUCUGAGUCUUGUAGGAAUAACACAGUAGGCCGAUGGCGGUGCACUCUUGGAUCGGUUGGGAGGCAAUGUGAACGAUAACCUUUCGACUUGAACCUGAGCCGCUGCAGGAAGGAAGCAAGGAACGCGGAGAACGGAGGUUCACCUAUAUUCUUCAAUCCUCAGCGGGAGAGCACGGCGGAGAAUGCUGCUCAGUUUCGCCGCCAAUUUGAACUCGUUCAUUAGUCGCAACCGAACAACGGCAGUAGCAGAAUUGGAACGGAGGUUCUGCUUUAGCAAAACCACAUUACAGGAACUAGACCAUACACAACCCCAACAGCAUUGCCAACGCGCUGCAUCCAAUCAUUAUCGUUGGCACCUGUAAACGAAAAAAAAAAGCAGAAGAAGAAGCAGAGAAUGUGCCGAGCGAGUUAGAGCGUCCGGUGUAGUGAUAAGCGUGCGAUAAGAGCGUCGUCGAUCGCGCUUGAUAACGUGACUCAGCGGCGACAACAAUCAACGACGGUGGUCGAAACAGUGCAAACCUAAUACAAAAACAGCCGUAGAACUCCAAACACGCGGAAACCCCCAGCGGACGCUGGUCCCCGAGUGGACUUCGAUCGGCCAUCGAAAGAGCGCCUCUCUACUUAUUCUUUUCGGACCAGGUUAUCAGUCAGCAACGGCAGUCGUAGCGAUGCCCGCGUGCAGUGGACUAAUUGAGGUGAUCAAAUAUCCAAGGGCCCUGUUCCGGACGGUGUUUGUGAUAGUGAACAACAUCUAUUGCGUCCCAACGUAUCUGAUAUGGAUGUUCCUGUUGUUACCGUUGAAGAAGAUUCACGAAAGCUGCUACUACAAAAUUGAAGGGAUCAUAUUUCACUGGCUGCUGGCGAAUGUGUCCAUGUGGUCCACGACGGCCGGAUAUGAGUUGGUCGAGAUGGGCGAUGAUAUCAGUCCGGCGAUGGACGAGCGAACGCUGGUGAUAGCCAACCACCAGAGCACUUCGGAUGUGCCGCUGCUGAUGGCGGCGUUCAAUGUGAAGAAGGGUGUACUACCGAACAUCAUGUGGAUCAUGGAUCGGAUGUUCAAGUAUACCAACUUUGGAGCGGUCAGUUUACUUCAUCAAGAUUUCUUUAUUGCAUCGGGCAAAUCAAACCGAGACAAAUCACUGUUGGAACUGAAAACGCAUCUCAAGAAAUCAUACAUUCCACGCGAGAGAAAGUGGAUGGUGCUGUUUCCGGAGGGAGGCUUUCUGCGCAAGCGGAAAGAAGUUAGCCAAAGAUUUGCAGAGAAAAACAACCUACCAGUAUUAAACAACGUCACGGUACCGCGGGUUGGUGCUAUGAAGGCGAUCAUGGAUGUACUCGGUUCACCGGAGUCGCCCUGUCGAGACGAGGAGAAGAUGAUGAACAGCACGAUAGCAACAGUAAUGGAUGAAUUCAAUCAUAGUAUGAUGGAUGGAACGAUCAACGUAGAUCAGCAGCAACCAAAGCAGAACGAUGUCACCAUCAACAGCAGUAGCACUAUAAUCAAUAGCGAAGCAAUAAGUACCGAUGACUGUGAUAGUUUUAAGGAUUCACCACUCACCAAGUUGAACGGCAAGCUAAACCACUGUUUAGAGUACAUUCUGGACAUUACCAUCGGGUAUCCCAAUGGGAAGCCACUAGAUUUACCAAAUAUCAUGCACGGCCUUAGGAAUCCGUGUCAGACUUAUUUAUUCUAUAGGUUAUACCGUAGUUCAGAGGUUCCCCGGGAUAGUGAAUCUCUUACCCAGUGGCUGUACGACCGGUUCAUCGAGAAGGAGAAACUGCUCGAAGAAUUUUACCGCACCGGGGUGUUCCCCUGCGGAUCGUCGUCCAUGUUGCCGACCGUGAUACAGCAGGAUCUGCUCCGUUUCCUCCUCAUCCAUCUAUUCUUCAUUACCUCUACCUACGUCCAUUACCAGUUGAUACUGAUGCUUAUCAAUUACUCGAAUGUCAUGUACGUAUAUUUGCUGAGCGAUAGCUAAGCUCAGUCGUCGUUCGUCCGGUUGAGAGUGAGUGAGACAUUAACAAGCACAUUAACAAAGACUAAGACAGGUUUAGGAUUUACGAUCAUGCAGAACGAACGCACGAUUCCAAGUUUUCAGGAGUGCUCAAGAAUGGCACAAACAUAGAAAUAGCACCCGAUCAGAAGCAGCAAGUAAUCUUAUGAAAUGAUGGCGUGGAAACUAAGUCAAACACAAACAAAAACUGUAACAGCAUUCAAAAGCGGCAGCAAAUUAUUCAAACUAAAUAGUUCGUAUUAUCCUGUUUUUGGAUCCCUUAGAACCUUUCUUUUAAGUCAGUAUGGAAGCGAACUAACCAAUUAGAGGAGAUAGUUUUCCAAUUUGUGUAAAUUACAUGUAUAUGUGUGACACCAACAAUCCUUUUUACAAAUGCUGACAAACACAACAACAUACACAAGUAUUCAGAAAAUAGAAAAUGGUUGGAACGCUUCAGACAAGUCGAAUAAAGCAGAAAUCUAAAUGAUAUAUAUAUAUAUACAAAUAAUGAAACACACAAAAAAAAAUAAACAAUGCAUUACACAAAACUGAACAGAACAUGAAACAAUUGAAUUAUAGAUGGUUGCUAGUUUGUAAGAUGCAGACAAGAGCAAGAAAGCAGUUUUACAAGUCACGCCUCCCAAAUGUGCUGUAUGCAAAACAGGGUUCAAACGCUGAGGUACUACUUUAUUUUCGUAGUUUUAAACUAAUUUAAACCGUCGUCGGUGUACGUGUAAAUAAUAUAUAUAUAUAUAAUAUAUUUUAGAAAUCCUUUGAUUUGAUAACUACAAUCAGAAAAUCGGAUCGAUUUAAAGCAGUCUGAAACGUGGAGAACGACUCUCUUACCAAGUGAACUCGUUUUUAUUUUUUUGUGAGAGUGUGAGCUUUAGUUUAUGUACGAGCGUGUGUACGGUUGGAAUGAUGUUUUCCCUCUAAGGUCUAGUGAUUACUUUUCGCACAUUGCUGGAGUAAAUGUAGCACAAAUUGUAAGAAAAAACACAAAACAAUACAAGCAAGAUUGUACGCAAUUACCAGUGCAGCAGCAGCAGCAGCAGAAGUUACAGUACGUGUUUUUUGCCAAUCCAGGAUUUGAUUUCCCUUUAAAAUGUAAGAGGAUUUUUAUUCUUUUCUUCCUCUUAGGGCAGUUGAUUGAAAAGCGAUUACUACACAUACCAAUUUGAAAUAAUGUUCCUUUUUCCCGUUUUGCUUUUUAAAAGUGAGAAAUAUUAUUGGAAGAAUAAAAUGUCAUUUCAUUGUA